CUACAUACCCUAUUUGGGCCGGAGCGCUUACCCACUCUUAAGAAAAACCGGAACUUUCACUGGGUCGUUUUAGGAUGAGGGUUAAUGUGUGCAUGAAGGUGAAGGUGCCAUGAAUCACUGUCUGAGCUGGUUGAGACUGGAGGUGGGGUGUAGUAUUUUGACCAGCAGGGGAGUAAAAUUUACUGUUCCUGUUUGGCCACUCCCACCCCCACCCCCAGCACCACCUUCCGGAAAGUCUCCUUAGCCAAGGAUGGAGGAACUGAGGCAGGCAGUUACUGUUGCGGGCCUUUCUAUGAGGCUGUACGUUCUGCCGCCAGACAGUACUUCUUGCUGGCCCUGCCUUCUCCUCUUCCCUCUGGCUUGGAGCCCAGGCAGCUGUGACCUUUUUCAGCUUGGCCAGCGAGCAGGAGAGGAUGUGUGUGUGGUCAUCAAUGCUGGCAAGAGCAGGCACAAUGAGGAUCAGGCUUGCUGCGAGGUUGUGUAUGUGGAAAGUCGGAGGAGCAGGAGCGUUACAGGGGUCUCCAGGGAGCCUAGCCAUAACCAGGGCUUCUGCUUUUACUACUGGGGCCUGUUUGAUGGGCACGCUGGUGGAGGAGCAGCUGAAAUGGCCUCCCGGCUCCUGCAUCGCCACAUCCGGGAACAGCUCAAGGAUCUAGUAGAAAUACUUAAGGAUCCCUUGCCGCCUCCCCUCUGUCUCCCAUCCACUCCUGGAACCCCAGGAGCCCCCAGUCCUUCACAGUUGGUUAGCCCUCAAUCCUGCUGGUCUCCACAGAAGGAAGUGACCCAUGACAGCCUGAUAGUAGGAGCCAUUGAGAAUGCCUUCCAUCUCAUGGAUGAGCAGAUGGCUCGGGAGCGGCGUGGCCACCAAGUGGAAGGGGGCUGCUGUGCACUAGUGGUGCUGUACCUGCUAGGCAAGAUGUAUGUGGCUAACGCAGGUGACAGCAGGGCCAUCAUUGUCCGAAAUGGGGAGAUCAUUCCGAUGUCCCGGGAGUUCACACCAGAGACGGAGCGCCAGCGUCUUCAGCUGCUUGGCUUCCUGAAACCAGAACUGCUGGGCAGUGAGUUCACCCACCUUGAAUUUCCCCGAAGAGUUCAGCCCAAGGAACUAGGGCAGAGGAUGCUGUACAGGGACCAGAAUAUGACUGGCUGGGCCUACAAAAAGAUUGAGGUGGAGGAUCUCAGGUUUCCUCUGGUCUGUGGGGAGGGCAAAAAGGCCCGGGUAAUGGCUACCAUUGGGGUGACACGGGGCUUGGGAGACCACAACCUUAAGGUCUGCAGCUCUACUCUGUCCAUCAAGCCUUUCCUCUCCUGCUUUCCUGAAGUACGAGUGUAUGAUCUGACGCAGUAUGAGCACUGUCCAGAUGAUGUGCUGGUCCUGGGAACAGAUGGCUUGUGGGAUGUGACCAAUGACUCUGAGGUAGCUGCCACUGUGGACAGGGUGCUGUCAUCCUAUGAGCCCAAUGAUCCCAGCAGGUAUACAGCUCUGGCCCAAGCUCUGGUCCUGGGGGCCCGGGGAAUCCCCCGGGACCGUGGCUGGCGUCUCCCAAACAACAAGCUGGGUUCCGGGGAUGACAUCUCGGUCUUCGUCAUCCCCCUGGGCGGGCCAGGCAGCAGUUACUCCUGAUGGGCUCAGCCCCAUCCCUCUCAAUGCCACCCCAGCCUCUCCACUAUCACCCUUCUCCUGCCCAAACACGGAAGUUGUGUCCCUGACUCGAGAGUGGCCAUUUGAACAAAGGGAUGCCUGCUAGAUCCAAAAUUACAGCAACUGGCAAAUAAACCAGAUGGAUAAA